UGUUGACACCGUUAUGUUUGCAGCACGCAUGCUCCUUCCCAAGUUUCCUGGUGGUGCCUUUCCUCAAGACACCUUAGGAAAUUUGGGGGGCUGAAGGAGAGCACCUCCUGCAACUGCCUGCGUUCUUUUGCUCUCUUUUUUUGGGGGGGGAGGAUAGCUGCGGGGGGGACACCCCUAACAGAGACACCUGGAGAUCGCACACGUGCAUUACCUAGAGCUGCAGGGCAGGGAGGAGUUUGCAGAGAAGAGGACCGUAAGAAGGAAAGGUGAAUCCUUGCCGUUCACCCACCAUGCCCAGAGCUUUCCUUGUGAAGAGGAAGAACCCGCUGCCGGCCAGUCGCAGUUGGGACGAGCUGCCGGAUGAAGAAAGAGCGGACACCUACGUCCCAGGAGACAUCAGGUGCGUACUCCUGAACUAUCGCAGCGAAGAUAGCUGCAGCUUGGAGAGCAGUAGCAGCAGGGAGACAGAGACUGCCCAUAUCUCAGCCCUUGAGUCCACAGCAGAAGAGACUCUUCUGGACUUGGCAACAAACCGCCCUAAAGGCAGGUCAAAAAUCAAGUUCACCACUGGCACCUGUAGUGAUGCCUUGAUGCACAGUUGUGAGUUAUGUGGCAAAGAAUUUAACUUUCAGCGCAUGCUCAACCGCCACAUAAAAUGUCACAGCCAGGUGAAGAGACACUUGUGUACAUUUUGUGGGAAAGGAUUCAAUGACACUUUUGAUCUGAAAAGACAUGUAAGGACACAUACAGGCAUUCGUCCAUAUAAAUGCGAGAUAUGCAACAAAGCCUUUACCCAGCGUUGUUCACUGGAAUCACACCUUAAAAAGAUCCAUGGGGUGCAGCAACAGUAUGCUUACAAGCAACGGAGAGAUAAACUAUAUGUAUGUGAAGACUGUGGUUACACAGGCCCAACACAGGAGGACUUGUAUGUGCACAUCAGCCAUAUUCAUCCUGGAAGUGCUUUUCUGAAGAAGACAUCGAAAAAAUUAGCAGCUGUUUUGCAAAAUAAAUUGACCUCCUCAAUGGAGAUAAGCCCAAAAGAGAACGGUGAAGAGCAGUAAUAUUGUACUGUCCCAACGUGCAUGAAUUCAAACUCAGCAGGUCACAUUUACAGAAUUUUCAGGAUUUAGCAGUCUUCUUUAUAGAAGAGGGAAAAAUAAAAUUGCAAAUAUAGAGACUACACUCUGCUUCGACUGGAAGCUUUUGCUAUCCUUGCCUUGAUACCAGUCUGCUGAACAGGAUUCAUUUACCCACUGACCCAUCAGGCCUGUCCCUGCCCUUGACACUAGGUUGUGCCAGCUCAGUGAGUUAGGUAUCUGGCUGGAAAGCCAGAGGUUGGGAGUUAGAUUCACCAAUGUACAUUCCAGAAGAAGAGCACGUGUAUAGCCUUGAGCAAGCUGCACAGUCUCAGGGCACCCCAAGAAGAAGGGGACUGAUAAACCACUUUGGAAUGCUCUAUAGUUAGAAAAUUGUGGAAAGGGUUGCCUUAAGUCAGAAUUCACUUGAUGGUAUGUAAUUAUUAAUUGUACUGUAAACAGGAUCCACUCAAUGAUCUGCCAAACACCACUCAUUAACUACUAUAAUUCUCAACCUCAGGAGACCUGGCAACUCUGAUCAGUUUUAAAAGGACACUAGUGUUUAGACCAGUUCUCUGCACUGACUUAGCUAUGUAUCUACCGAAUUUCUGAAUAUGAAUAAAAGCUCCCUAAUAUAGAUUAACACAGUACAGAGCACAGGGUCUGAAUUUUGCUGAUUCUUAUGUGCCUUUGACAAAAAAAUACAUUACUGUAUGUCUAUAAAGUGUUUUGCAAAAUAAUUUUAUUCAAUCUGAAUGCAAAUAAUGGGAAACGAAUUAAAGUAUCUUUGUAAAAAAACACUAACUCUGUUUUGUAAUAUCCUGGGGAUAUUACCCCCCAACAUACUCUGAUAAAGAAAAAAUUAUGAAUAAAACCGCAGCAUGUUUUAUGUACAAAGCAUUAUUUAACACUCUUAAUCAAGACUACACACACAUUUUUUCAUGGACUUUAAAAUAGAGCAAAGUCUUAUGGAAAGGUAUUCAGUGAUUGCAAUGUAAUAUUUUUUUAUAUUAUAGAUUCAUCUACCAUUUUGAGGGCAUUUUUAUACCCUUAAAAUUGCAUUCGAACUGUUAGUAUCAUGUCCAUCAUGCCUUUGUAAUUUUUAGUUUAAUUCUGGGAUGGAGAACAUAUGGCACUCCAGGUACUGUUCAUGCUUGCAAAGCUCAUCAUUCUGCACCAUUUGCUUACCAUGAAUGUGUACUAUGAAGUAACAUGAAAGGUAGCAUGUAAAGCACUACUAGCAGUGUCCUAAGCACCAUUCUCUUUAAACGUUCAGAUAAUACCAGUACAGUUCAAAGAGCUUUAUUUCAGAUACUGAAUUGCAGCCUAUUUUGCAACUUUGUUUCCCAACACUGGAAACAGAUGCAUUGCUGAAAAAGAUAUUUAAACUUCAAUGAAGAGAUACAUAGAGAAUGUAAUAAAUAAAAAGUAAUAACAUAUUUUAUUUUAAUAUUUAAUUUACACCUUUGUAAACAAAGGUGUAAAUUAGGCUGUGGUUCAAAAGUGCAAAAUAGAACAGAAUCUUGAAAAUUCAUACCGACUUCAUUCCAUUACCAAGGAAUUAUUUUUCAACAUAAUAUGAUAGGAUAUUUUGUAUUCUCCUCCUUUCAAAAGUUUGGCUAGAAUCCUAUUACUCAUUGUGUAAGAUCUGCAUAACUUGCUGUGUUAUGUGCUGGACACAUGUCAAACUGCAUAUAAAUAUACUGGCAUUCCAUGGAGUUAUACAAGGGCUCAUCUCAUUUGUGUAAUUAGUUGUGUGACCAGGUGCGUGAUCAAGAUGCAUCCUGACACCUCUUCUGUUAGUCAUGGUACAUUACACAAUCCUUAUGCAAACAUCAGUAGGGUUCUGAUCACUGUGUGGGAACUAGACUAAAAUUUAAGUAUGAAGUCUUCUAUGCUGAACGGGUAUAUCAAGUUUCAAGAUAAAUAUAUCAACAUUCAAGAUAAUUAUAUUAAAAAAACAAGCUAAUGAAGCCUAAGAUUCUACUUCCUUUGAACAAUUCUGGAUUUCUGUCUCCAGCACAAGACACACAAUUACAAUAUACUGGCAAGUGCAGUCUCUUGGAUUGAUCCCUUGCUUUACCCACUCAUCCAAAAGUCACUCUCAUAUUCACAUCCCAAAUACUAAAUACUUAUCCGAGGCCUCCCUCUCUUAACCCACCACACUGUCUAACCACUAGAUCCAAAAGAACAUCUGUACUUCCACCAGGUGGAUGUGGUAAAAGAGGCAAUAGCAGCACAUCGGAGGAGCUGGGGGGGGCUUGUUUUCUUUCAGCAUGAAGACCACAUCCAGGAUCCAACUGAGCAGAAUCGCUUUAGGCUCUCUUGUCUGCAAAUAAAGCUCCACCACUUCCCCACUAAAGAAACCCACCACAAAGGACAUUCCCAGCAUAAGUGAUCAGUUAAUUUCACAAUCAGAGAAUCAGUCAGGUAGGGACUCCGAAUUUCAAGGAUAUGUUUGUGAGACAGGAGGCGAGAGGGAUAUCCCACUCGCCGGAGAGCCGUCCCUCCUCCAAACUGAAUAGAAGGAAAUACAGACACAAUCUACUCCAGUGUCCCCAAAGACAGAGCAGCGAGGGAAAGAAACGGGCUAGGAAAAGAGAUACAAAGAAUGACACUAGGAGGGAGUCAAGGAGAAUCGGAGGGAAAAGAG